ACCGCGUUUCAUGUGACGUCUUUAAAGUGAACAGAAACAGAAAUAGGAGCUAACACACACAGACAGACAAAGACUAACGCCACUUGUGGAAGCUAAUUUAGCUUCGUAGCAUACUACAAUGUAUCCUGAGUGCUUGAACGGUUGUUACGGUAACUGUUAGCCCGGUUGCUCGCUGUUGUUUUGUUGUUUAUUUUAUCCGGUGCCGUUUGUAAACAUGGAGCAGGCAGCCAGCGUCAACGCAGAUCCCGUUCAACGCUCCGACAGCAAUGGUCGCUCCACACAAUGGCGCAACUGGAGUGGAUUUUGGCUCCUUGGAUUGUGCAACAACUUUGCGUAUGUUGUAAUGCUGAGCGCCGCCCAUGACAUCCUCAAAAGACAAGAGUCAGGAAACGCCACAGCAUCUAAUUCACCCACCGUGGCUGUGGAUUUCCAAGGUGGGAACAGUAGCAACAGUAGUCGCUACGACUGCAAUCCUGUCUCUACUGCGGCUGUGCUGUUAGCCGACAUCCUCCCAACACUCGUCAUCAAGCUGUGUGCUCCCUUUGUGAUCCACAAGCUGCCUUAUGGUUUUCGAGUGUUGUUCUGUGCCAUCAUGGCAGCAACAAGUUUCCUCCUUGUGUCCUUCUCCUCGGCUGUGUGGAUGAGCAUUAUAGGAGUGAUCUUCGCCAGUAUCAGCUCUGGGCUGGGAGAACUGUCCUUCCUCUCUCUCACUGUCUUCUUCAGCAGGGAUGUACUGGGAGGAUGGGGCUCAGGUACUGGUGGUGCUGGUGUUGCUGGAGCCUUCCUCUAUGCAGGCCUCACCCAAGUCGGCCUGUCACCCCAGACUACACUGCUGAUCAUGCUGGUGGUCCCGGUUGCUAUGUUGAUUAGCUAUUUCAUCCUGCUGGUUCCUCCAUCUUCAUUACCUCAGUGGAAAAGCAGGGAGACAGAAUAUGCAGCUGUUGGCUCGGAGGAGAGGCGGCAGCUGAUGGAUGAAUCAGAAGAAGAGGAGCAGGAGAAAUCCACCCCAGGCCAUGUUAUCUUCCCCCUGAAUGUAACAGAGGACAGGACCACCGGACCUCUCACCUUCACAGAGAAACUGCACAUCAUCAAAGGCUUGCUGAAGUUUGUGUUUCCUCUGGGACUGGUCUACUUUGCUGAGUACUUCAUCAACCAGGGCUUGAUGGAACUCCUAUAUUUCCCCAACUCUUCCCUGUCCCACGCUGAGCAGUAUCGCUGGUACCAGAUGCUGUACCAGGUUGGUGUGUUGUUGUCUCGAUCCUCCCUGUGCUGUGUGAAGAUCAGGAAACUGUGGACUCUCUCUUUGCUACAGGUGGUGAAUGCAGUGGUGCUCCUGUUCGCAGUGGGUUACCAGUUCCUGCCCAGUGCUUGGCUGGUCUUUGUUAUUGUCCUCUAUGAGGGUCUGCUGGGUGGAGCUGCUUAUGUCAACACCUUCUACUUCAUCAGCAAAGAGACUGAGGACAGACAGAGGGAGUUUGCCAUGGCUGCUGCCAGUGUAGGAGACAGUCUGGGCAUAGCUCUGGCUGGACUUGCUGCUUUCCCUGUCCACAGAUACUUCUGUUCCCUAUGACCCAGCCCACACACUGACCAGCAGGAUGAAUAAGCAAGACGUGGGUGCGUUCCAUUUGAGGGAUUUUCUUUUUUCAAUCUGACAUGAGUUAGAGACCAUCUGACAAAAGCAGACUUUACUCCUACAUUAAAAUAUUGACUCCGCAUACUGUAUUCAGUGCGGAUUCAGCACCAGUGAGCCAGCCAGAGAGAGGAGGGCUCACUCACUAACGUAUCCUUCUCACCAGCUUCCACUGCUGUUUGGGAUACGGUCCCAUGACAUGAGUGGUUUUCAACAGGAAGGCAUGGUAAUAGUUUACUUAACCUAAUAAUGUGUUUGGUAUUCGCUGGUUUGCACUAAGAACCUGUUGCCUGCGGAGAAAACAGAUUAUUGUUUCAUAAAAGUCCAUAGCUUGUUUUGCAGACCAAUAUUAGUUGUGCACUCACCUCAGUGACAAAUAACAAUGCACUUGUUUCCAUCAAUGUUUCCUGUAGCUGCUUCACAAGAUAUGCCUUCCUGUUGUUCAGUAGUGAACAGCUAGACAGGAAACUGUGGUUGUUUGAAUUAAGAAAUGCAGUAUGACCAGCACAACUCUCCAAAACAAAGAGAAAAUGAUUAGACAUAUUUUUUAAUUACACAAGAGUUUAUUUUAACAGUUUUUACUGAACUGAAAUGUUUCAGAAUUAUAGGACACAGUAGGACGUCUCAUUUUCAGAAAUAACACCUGUAUUUUUGUCUGGUCAUCUAGUUUGAAGAGCUUGUUCUAAAUCUGAACUGACCGAACACCAGACUACACUCACUUAUUCACUCACUCAUCUUUCUUUCUACAAUAAUUAAGUUGUUAAUAUGAAAAGGGUGAAACUGUCUCACUGCAUCUAGAACUGGCAUUAUACAUUAAACAUUACCUAGUGCAACUUCGUAACAAAAAACGGUACAAAUAGGUGACGACAUAACAAAUCGUGUAUGAUGAUAAUUCUUACGAAUUGAUUUGAUUAAUGAAAUUAAUGUUACUUUAAACCCUUCAAAUAUGUUUUGGGGUAACAAUGUGUAUUGAUCAUGCUGUAACAACUAUACAACGAAACCAACAUGGAACCAAUACCGAUUUUCCUUCAUACUUUUAUUGCUGAACAGAAGGUAGAAGUUCCCCAGUAGCUGACAUUAUUUAAUGGUGCCUUCUGUAUUCUUAUAACCAGGUUGAAUCAGGUUAUUGCUGAACUAACAUAUGAUGUCAUUACUGAAGUGACCAAAAUGCUUUUUAUUAUAUCUUUCUACCAAAGAUAACAAUGGUUUCCUAAUUAUUUUCAAUGUAUUAGUGAAAAGACAAUAAGAACAUUGUUGGGUACGCUUUUACCGGUACGGGUAUGUUAACAGCACGUUUUGCCAACAGGUUGUUGACCUUUUUUUAACCAAAAAUCUCGGUUUUCCUGUUUUCUGAAUGUAAUGUAAAUUGUCAUUGAUAAUAAUAAUAAUUAUUAUUAUUAUUAUUAUCAUUACUAUUAUUAUUAUUAUUAUUAUUAUUAAAUAAGAGCAACAAUGUUAUACACUUUAUCCAUAUACACUGUUUUCUCUUUAUGUCCGAUGUGCACAUUCCUGCUGAAAUGUAAACUACUAACAUUUAAUAUUAUGCUGCUACUGUUAAACUAUCAUAACUUUGUUACAACUUACAGAGGUGUGUUUGAAGCUUUGUGCCUGUGUGAUAAAGAUGCAUUAACCUCCAGAGUGUCAAAUAAGGCUUAAAAAUUGGACUGAGCAUUAAAAUGGUUCAAACCUGUCAUGUAACAUACGAAUGUAAAGAAAUGAUUGUAAGAAUGUGCUCUUUAUUAUAAAGUUAGCCUAUACCA